AGCGCCAUCUCGGUGUCAUAUUGCUCCCAGAACAGUCAGAAGCUCGGAAGAUCAUCAUCAUCUUCUCAUAAUCAACAUCAUCAUGAUCUUGUUUACACGCACUUUCCAUUUCGUUUGAAGAAACAUGACCUUGGUGAUCUCGAACAAGUACUAGCUGUUCUGAACCCGCAGUACUCGAGGAACAACAGCAGCUAUGCGCCGUCUCCCCACCCUUUUUUCACGUUCCCACCAGACGCUUUUCGCCUGGAACAAGGAGAAAGCGUUCCGGUCCGGGCACUACGGUGACACAAGUUGCUGGCGACCGACGAAGCGACGCCCCCACGGUGGCGGCGUUUCGCAGCCGUACUCACCGCCCAGCCCUUUGAAACCCACCAUGGUCGGGAAGACGGUGACGCAGUGGCUGACGCGGGGGAGUGUCGGUGGCUUGGACAUCGGGGCGUUGAAGGGGAGUACGGCGGAAAGAUUGAAGAAUUUUCCGUGGUAUUUGUUCCCGGUCAGUCUCCGGGACCGGUCUUUGGAAGAGAUUUACCACCGGGCGUACGUGUUACAUGAGAAAGAAGCGAAAAAAGCGUUUGACUUGGUGCAGAGGAUUCCGUAGCACUUCAUGGUGUAUAACUACUACAACUUCGUAAUAUGUAGUGAGGUCACCGAACGGUUCUAACCAGGGAUUUUUUUUGACAGCUACCCUGAAAAACGCCCGGCGUUUUGCAAUCGGCCGGAAGUGUUUUUGGACAUAAAAAAUUCUCAUUUAUCAAUCGGCUCUGGCUGUGUCGGCACCGAAUCGCCGGCGGAUUCUAUCGGUCGCCGAUCUAAAAAACGACGCAGAGGAGCCGGCAAAAUGGGCGCCCUUCUGAGGCGCCCAGCGCACCUAAUUCCGCCGAUUUGGGGCGCCCAAAAAGGGGCGCCGAAAAAAUGCCAAGAC